AGCUCUGCGCCGAGGGGCCCGCGGCCGCCGCAGCUCGGGGGCGGCGCCUGCACCGCCGCCGCCUCCCCUCGGCGUUCGCGCAGCUCUGUCUUUGUCCGCCGGCGCCGCGGCCGCCCGCUUUGUUCCCCGGCGCCCUCGCCUCGGCCGACGGGGCGCGCAACCCAGCAGCUCCCGCCGCGCUGGCGUCGUCUUCGCCCCCCUCGCCGCCGGCCCCCGUGCGAGGCCGGGCCUUGCCCCCGAUGGUCUCCCGGCCUGAGCCCGAGGGCGAGGCCAUGGACGCCGAGCUCUCGGUGGCGCCGCCGGGCUGCUCGCACCUGGGCAGCUUCAAGGUGGACAACUGGAAACAGAACCUGCGGGCCAUCUACCAGUGCUUCGUGUGGAGCGGCACCGCGGAGGCCCGCAAGCGCAAGGCAAAGUCCUGCGUCUGCCAUGUCUGUGGCGUCCACCUGAACCGUCUCCACUCUUGCCUCUACUGCGUCUUCUUUGGCUGUUUCAAUAAGAAACACAUCCACGAACACGCCAAGUCCAAGCGGCACAACCUGGCCAUCGAUCUCACGUAUGGAGGUAUCUAUUGCUUUUUGUGUCAGGACUACAUCUAUGACAGAGACAUGGAAAUAAUUGCCAAAGAGGAACAGCGGAAGGCUUGGAAGAUGCAAGGUGCUGGAGAGAAGUUUUCAACUUGGGAACCAACCAAACGGGAGCUGGAACUGCUGAAACACAAUCCUAAAAGGAGGAAGAUCACCUCUAACUGCACCAUAGGUCUGCGAGGGCUGAUCAACCUUGGGAACACGUGCUUCAUGAACUGCAUCGUCCAGGCUCUGACCCACACACCGCUCCUGCGUGACUUCUUCCUGUCUGACAGACACCGGUGUGAGAUGCAGAGCCCCAGCUCCUGCCUGGUCUGUGAGAUGUCCUCACUCUUCCAGGAGUUCUACUCUGGACACCGGUCCCCUCACAUCCCCUACAAGCUGCUGCACCUGGUGUGGACCCACGCACGCCACCUGGCCGGCUACGAGCAGCAGGAUGCGCAUGAGUUCCUCAUCGCCGCCCUGGAUGUCCUUCACCGGCACUGCAAAGGUGAUGACAAUGGGAAGAAGGCCAACAACCCCAACCACUGCAACUGCAUCAUCGACCAGAUCUUCACAGGCGGGCUGCAGUCCGACGUCACGUGCCAGGUCUGCCAUGGCGUCUCCACCACCAUAGACCCCUUCUGGGACAUCAGCUUGGAUCUGCCUGGCUCCUCCACCCCGUUCUGGCCCCUGAGCCCAGGCAGCGAGGGCAGUGUGGUCAACGGGGAGAGCCACGCGUCGGGCACCACAACACUCACCGACUGCCUGCGGAGAUUUACCAGACCGGAGCACUUGGGAAGCAGUGCCAAGAUCAAAUGCAGUGGGUGCCACAGCUACCAGGAGUCUACCAAGCAGCUCACCAUGAAGAAGCUGCCCAUUGUGGCCUGCUUUCAUCUCAAACGAUUUGAGCACUCGGCCAAGCUGAGGCGGAAGAUCACCACGUACGUGUCCUUCCCCCUGGAGCUGGACAUGACACCCUUCAUGGCCUCCAGUAAAGAAAGCAGGAUGAACGGGCAGUACCAGCAGCCCACGGACAGCCUCAGCAACGACAACAAGUACUCCCUGUUUGCUGUCGUUAAUCACCAAGGGACCUUGGAGAGUGGCCACUACACCAGCUUCAUCCGUCAGCACAAAGAUCAGUGGUUCAAGUGUGAUGAUGCUAUCAUCACCAAGGCCAGCAUCAAGGACGUGCUGGACAGCGAAGGAUACCUGCUGUUCUACCACAAACAGUUCCUGGAGUACGAGUAGCCUCAUCCACAGCUGGUCAGAGAAAAGGAGGGCGAGGAGUUGGCAAGCCUCACCAGAAGACCCCCAGCUUCCCCGACAUGGCACCACCACGGCACCCCUCCUGUGUAGAUGAGCCUGCACACGUGAUCCUUCCGCACCCGGGAGUCAGGUGUCAGAGUGGACGUGAACCGCCCUCCCGAGCAUACGUCAGGACGGUGCCCUGGAUGGGAAAGGAGCCAAGGGAGGCUGUCACUGGCGUCUCUCCUGUGCUCCUCAAAACUGGGAGAUCUGGGGUUGGGGCACCCUCGUGGCUUGAAACUGCCUCUGCCUGGUGCUUCCUUUUGUCCUACCACGCACACAGUUUAAGAAGGUGCCCACCUGAUGAAAAUAAUGGUUCCACCGUGUGUAGACCAAGGUGGAGGCCAGGGCAGAGGCCUGGGGCGGCRGUGGGCUGAGUGUGUGCCGGGAGCCCAUCCUCCCACUGUCUCCUGCAGCUGGAGGCUGCCCCGGGGCCCAGGGCCUGGGGGCGCUGGUGCAGGUUCCCAGCUCGUCUGCUCUGCAGGUAUUUAGUGUCAACUGCAUGUGGAAGCAUCAGCCCAGAUGUUCUCUCAGUUUUCUAGAAAUAGACAUUUUCUUAUCCCCUUUCCCUUUUCUCUUUUUCCACGAUGGUGAAUUUCAUAAAUGUAAUAAUAGUAAAGUGAAUGACUAUUGAGUUUCUAAUGAAAUCUAGAUCAUUUCUUUAUUCUCAAGAGUGAGUCUUGCUUUUUGAUUGGUGCUGUUCUGUUGUGCCCUUUCCCACCC